AGUUUCCGUGUGCUGCAGUUGGUAACAACUGUUUUUCGGUAAAAUCAUGGCAGGGUUUUGUAUGAACCGAUUGUUUUCGUUGUCAAAACAAGCGUCUGUGACACUCAGUUUGAGGUUUAAUCAUAGCCCGGCUGCACGUCAUUAUGACAUUAUUAUUUCAGGUGGAGGUAUGGUAGGAUUUGCAAUGGCCUGCAGCUUAGGUAGAAAUGACCGUUUAAAGAACCAAAAGAUUUUGCUUUUGGAAUCAUCAAAUUACAAAGAGUUGAAUCUGUCAGAAUAUAACCUUAGAGUUUGUGCUCUAAACUUGAAUUCUAAAUUGCUACUUGAGUCUUUAGGAGCUUGGCAACAUAUUGUUAAUGCUCGUUAUUCUCCCGUGAAGAAGAUGCAGAUUUGGGAUGCAUGCUCUGAUGCAGCAAUAACAUUUGGAAAGGCAGAUUUAAGUGAAGACAUUGCUUGGAUUGUAGAAAAUGAUCUGAUACAAGAUUCAUUAAUGAAAGAAGUGCAACACGAAAAUCAAGUAGAUGUGCAGUAUCAAUCAAAGGUAAUUCACUACAGGCUUCCAAAACAUGCAGAUGAUUCAGUCCAUGUUACUCUUGAAGAUGGUUCACAUCUCACCACAGAUUUAAUAAUCGGUGCAGAUGGUUACAACUCGGGACUACGGCAAGCUAUGAAGACGCAGUACAUCACGUAUGAUUAUAAUCAAAUGGCAGUCGUGGCCACUCUUCGCAUCUCGGAGAGCACGGAAAAUGUCACAGCUUGGCAAAAAUUUCUACCGUCCGGCCCAAUUGCUCUGUUACCGUUGAGCAGCAGUCUUAGUUCACUCGUGUGGAGUACAGAUAAAAAAUCAGCCCGAGAUUUACUGCAGUUACCUCCAGAAAUCUUUAUCGACCGGAUUAACCAAGCUGUUUGGAAUAACGAAGACAUGAACUACAUGGCCCAAAACGUCAGUGAACGGUUGUUUCAAUUGUUGAAAGUAUGCCGCAUUAAUUCGCAGGAGGAAAAUGAAACAGAUACCCGCCAGCUUCCACCCAGUGUAGUCGGCAUAGAAGGACAUCAAGCAGCGUUCCCGUUGAGUUUUGGUCAUUCAGUUAAAUACGUUUCUCCUAAGGCGGUUUUGAUAGGGGAUGCGGCUCAUCGAGUACAUCCACUAGCCGGACAAGGAGUUAACUUGGGCUUCGGAGAUGUUGCUGCCCUUAGUCAAGUUAUUAACGAGGCCAUUGAUAACGGAUCUGAAGCUGGAAAUUAUCUCUACCUUCAAAAGUAUCAAUCUAAUCGUCAGUUGAUUAACUUAACUGUUAUGGCAGCAGUUCACGGUUUGCACUUGUUAUAUGGUACAACGUCGUUACCGCAAGUUUUGUUGAGAAGUCUUGGCCUGACCAUUACUGAUUCUUUAUCUUCUGUUAAAAGAUUGAUAACUCAAAGGGCUUCAGCUUAGCUUGAUAUAAAAAUAUACAGUUUUUGGUUUGA